UAAUCAUGGGAUUUUAUCUCUUUUCCCAAAUGACUUCAUUUUUUCUUCUUGCCUCUACACUUCUCUUCUUCCUAAUAUCCCACUCUUGUCAUGCCCAAAACUCUCAACAAGACUAUUUGGAUGCCCACAACACAGCUCGUACCAAUGUGGGAGUCGGGCCAUUAACAUGGGACGACAAGGUGGCAGCCUACGCCCAACAGUAUGCUUCCCAAUUGGCUGCUGAUUGCAACCUCGUCCAUUCUCAAGGCCAAUACGGUGAAAACCUAGCUGGCGGUAGCGGUGACUUGACGGCCACGCAGGCGGUGGAGCUGUGGGUCAACGAGAAACAAUACUAUCACCAUGACUCGAAUUCAUGUGAUGAGGGAAAAGUGUGCGGACAUUAUACUCAAGUGGUUUGGCGUAACUCGGUUCGUUUGGGAUGUGCUAGGGUUCAAUGCAACAAUGGAGGAUACGUUGUCUCUUGCAACUAUGAUCCUCCAGGUAAUUAUAGAGGUCAAAGUCCAUACUAAAAAGAUGUCCAUUUCACAUUAUACGUACGGACUUCAGCUUGUAUCAAGAAAUUAAAUAAUAGCACUAAAAAACAACCAAGUCAUUAAGUAUGUUUGUAUUCCUAUAUGGAGUGGACGUUCUAUAUAGUAAGAUAAGUGGUUUUAAGAGACCAAGUACAAGUUGUAACAAGUGUGAAGCUGCUUCGGCUUGAUGUAUGCUCUCAUUAUUAUGAAUUAAUACUCUUAAGAAA